GUCGGAAACCGCCGUGUCUGUAUAUAGUACGUUUACAUGUUCGACUUCUGAUCCGUAGAGUCCGUUUACACUCUACAUCUGUUACCCAGUGCAGUGUAUCGAUCAAUUUAAUGUGUAUCAGGACUAAACAAUUCAAAUAAGCAGCAUUCCUACUAACAAUUGCUGAUGUCGCGGUAAUGUUAAUAUGAUGCUGAGAGAAUAGCAGCAAUAUCAUCCAUCUGCAUUACUGAGGCGGCGGUAGUGACAGUGACAGUUUUUCGAAUUAACAACUUUGAAUUUUAACUUGUAUAGAUAAUACCAUAGUGUAUUGUAGCAAUGUUAUAAAUUGCUGAUGUAUCAUGAGGUAGUGCUAUCCAACAAUAUCGCGGAAGCAGCGGUAGUUCUACAAUAGCCGCAACAAUAUCCGACAAUAUUGCUGAUGCUGCAGUUGUACUUCAAUUACCGAGUAACUAAAUAGCAACAUCAUCCAACGAUACUGCUGAGUAAAGAGCAGCAACAUCAUCCAACGAUAUUGCUGAGUGAAUAGCAGCAACAUCAUCCAACGAUAUUGCCGAGUGAAUAGCAGCAACAUCAUCCAACGAUAUUGCCGAGUGAAUAGCAGCAACAUCAUCCAACGAUAUUGCUGAGUGAAUAGCAGCAACAUCAUCCAACAAUAUUGCUGAUGCGGCGGUAGUGGCAAGCAGCAGCGCCGAUGGAUGCGGCGAGCGGCCCGUCGCUGCGGCUGCGCGGCGGCGUGAACAGCGGCGAGAGCAAGCGCGAGCUGAGCCUGUGCACCAGCGCCAUGUCGCCGGAGACGCAGCGCCUGCUGCCGCCGGUCACGGAGACCAUCAUGACCAAGCCCUUCCCGAUACGAGGGGAGCGCGCAAACUAUGUGAACAUUCCGCACGUGAUCGCAAUGGUGGGGCUGCCCGCGCGCGGCAAGACCUACAUCUCCAAGAAGCUCUCACGGUACCUCAACUGGAUAGGAAUUAACACAAGGGUCUUCAACCUGGGCGAGUAUAGGCGUCACGCGACCACCGCAUACACAAGCCACGAGUUCUUCCGCGCAGACAACAAGGAGGCCAUGGCCAUCCGCCAGCAGUGCGCGCUUGACGCGCUUCACGACGUCUGCGAGUGGCUGGUCAAGGGCGGCGAGGUGGCCGUGUUCGACGCGACCAACUCGACCAUGGAGCGGCGGCGCAUGAUCCGAGACAUCGUCGUACACAAGAUGGGCUUCAAGCUGUUCUUUGUUGAGUCCGUAUGCGACGACCCGAGGAUCAUCGAACAAAACAUAAUGGAGGUAAAAGUGAGCAGCCCAGAUUACACAAACAUCCAGAAUGCAGACAAUGUUCUAGAUGACUUCCGAUUAAGGAUAGAACACUAUAAGGAAAAGUAUGAGCCCCUUGAAGAGACGUUAGAGUCGGAAUGCAGUUUCAUGAAGAUCUACGACACGGGAGAGAAGGUGGUGGUCCACAAACACGAGGGACACAUACAGAGUAGAAUUGUAUACUAUCUCAUGAACAUACACAUUGUACCCAGAACAAUUUAUUUGACUAGGCACGGCGAGAGCUUGCACAACCUGGUGGGGCGCAUAGGCGGCGACAGCGAACUGUCGGCGCGCGGGCGGCAGUACGCGGGCGCGCUGGCCGGCUACAUCGAGCAGCAGCACAUCCCCGGCCUGCGCGUGUGGACGUCGUGGAUGCGCCGCGCCAUCCAGACCGUGAAGGACGUGCGCGCGCCGCAGGAGCGCUGGAAGGCGCUCAACGAGAUCGACGCGGGCAUCUGCGAGGAGAUGACAUACGCGGAGAUCCAGCAGAAGUACCCGUCGGACUUCAACGCGCGGGACGCCAACAAGUUCGCGUACCGGUACCCGCGCGGCGAGAGCUACGAGGACCUGGUGGCGCGCCUGGAGCCCGUCAUCAUGGAGCUGGAGCGGCAGGGCAACGUGCUGGUGGUGUCGCACCAGGCCGUCAUGCGCUGCCUCCUGGCCUACUUCCUCGACAAGUCCGCCGAGGAGCUGCCGUACCUGCACGUGCCGCUGCACACGGUCAUCAAGCUGACGCCGGUGGCGUACGGCUGCCGCGAGGAGCACAUCACGCUGUCCGUGGACGCCGUCGACACGCACCGCCCCAAGCCCGCUGAGGAAGAAGACGACCACGCCACAGGCUCGAACGUGAUACCCGCCCCGCCCAUCAGGCCGCCCGUGCCGCCAAUCAACGGGGACAUCAACGGGGAAACCAAUGGGGAGAAAAAGGAAGAUUACAAUUAGAUAUGAUCCAUAAACAAUGUAGACAAUAGUGACCGAUCGACGACUGGGUAUCGGCCUAACGUUCCUCUGAAAUUUGGUUUUAAAAAAAUUUCAGGUUUGAAAAUUUGGUUUAUAGAAACCUUUCUUACGAGUACCUCGUAUUUUUCUACUGUUAAAUUGUGUCUUUGAUAUACUUUUUUUUCAAGGGCCACGAACUGAGCGUCUGCGUUAAAAUAAAAUAUGAAGAAUUAUGGCUUACAAUAUCAGACUUUUAUGCUAGUAGUUCGAUUUUAUAUUGAUGCAAGUUCUUACGAUUAUACAUUUACGUUUUAUAAUUAAUAAUAUUUAUAAAUAAUAAUUUAAUUAUAAUAUUAUUUUUGUGUGGGCAUCGAGAAUACAAAAAACCUAUCAGAAAAUUCAGAAUGAUAUAUUGUAAUAGUGCUUUUGGAACCGAUAUUUUUAAUAAGGCCGUGAUAGGCCAGUGGAUAUGACCUCUGAAAUAUCACGUGUCUCAACGGUGAAGGAAAAACAUCGUGAGGAAACCUGCAUACUAGAGAAUUUUCACAAUUCUCUACGUGUGUGAAGUCUGCCAAUCCGCAUUGGGCCAGCGCGGUGGACUAUUGGCCUAACCCCUCUCAUUCUGAGAGGAGACUUGAGCUCAGCAGUGAGCCGAAUAUGGGUUGAUAAUGAUAUGAGGCAAGAGAGCGCCCGGUCUUCAAAGACGAAAAUAGACUAUUUCGAGCGACACAAGCGAGUCGUGGAAGAUAGAAAAGUUUUUCUAGUAUUGACGGACUAACUUCGAUCCGAAGAUAGCACAGACAUGAUAAUGAUAAUGAUAUGGGACUUUCGUUGCGCUUUACCUACUAUGGGGAUGAUGACUAGGAUUGAAUAGAUUGAUUUUUAUGAUACAUUCGGGUAAAUAAGGUCAAUGUUAAUUAAUUUAUACAUAAAAAACAAAGAUUGAAUGGAUAUUUGCAAAAUAAAUAAGAUUAUAAAAUUUCAAAAAUACAGUUUUAGCUUCCUUACAUUAAAUGUGACAUUUUUUUAUAUGUGAACUAGAAACAUAAACGCAGAAAUAUCAAAGAUAUUAGUAAUUUUGUUUUAACGCCCAUACAAAUCUAACGAUCAUUAAUUGCCUACGACGUCAUAAGUUCGUACCAUUUUGUAUGGGGCGUUUUUCAGGGAUCCGCGGCAGCGCCGCAAAUCUGACCCUUUAAAUCCCUGUAGCUCCGAAAGUAAUGAUCGCAGAUACCCUGUUACUUUUUACAAAAUUGCUUUACUAUUAGCGUACUCUUAAUUUAUAUACAAUUUAAAAAAACUGUCAUCAUCCCUAUUCAUUUUGAGAUCACGUUUCUACAGAGAGCAAAUUAUUUAAAUAUUCAAAAUCAAUGAAUGACAUAAUGUGAUUUAAUAAAAUUAUAAAGCGCCAUUUUCGUGGCCCAUGCAUUUUAGGGUACUUUAAAUAAUGAUCUUCAUAUAGAAAAAAUAAAUGAAUCAGUUUCGGUCGGUCACUAAUAAUAGCUAAUUAAUAAUUGUAAUAUAGAUAUCUGACCAAUAUUACAUGGAUAAUAUUUCGUACGUGUUUGGUAGGACUGCGUUUCAGUUUUAAUUGUACAGAUAAAAUACGUCGAACAUAGACUAUUUCGAUAGUAGGUAAUUUGUCUAUGACAGUUUGUGCUAUUUUUGAGAUAGGUUCAUAAUUUGUCUUGACUCUAAAGUCUAUUUAUGUAUUCACAACGUAAUUUACAUUAAAAACACUAUAAUCAUUUUACAUCAUACUAAAGGUCCAUGUAUUUUUUCUGUACGAUUAAAAAAAAAUAAUUCACGUUCUGCGGGAGUCGACGGAUUUGAGACUGAUGAUAGUGAGUUUAGAAUAAAUAAAUAAAAUCAUGACGAAAAUAUUAUAACAAACAAAUGAAAUUAAAUUUCAUUUUCAUUCCCAUUUUUCGAUGUGCAUCUACGCGUGGAGCUACAUUCUAUCGCAAAACUUAAGUUGCUAAAUUGAUAAAUAUUGUCUAAUAGCGAGUUUCAGAAUGUUGAUAAAGAUUGCUCAUGCUCAUAGUCAUAGCUUGUUCGUUGAUAACACUCCCAUGAUAUGCGGCCGACGGGGGCGAAGGACAGCGCGGGUGUGAAAUCGUAUACGCGGGGCAGAGGGAAAGUCUGUGCGGGUAUGAGGUUGGCGCGCAGGGCAUAGCUACCCCCCUCCCGAACCGCGCGGACCAUCGGGAGAGUUACGAACGAAUUUACUAAACUAUAAUAGAAACACAAAAGUGAUUUAUUGGAAACUAGUCUACCGAGAUUACCAAAAUUUGGUAUAAAAUACCAUUAUUUAUUAAUUGGGGAUUUAUUCUACCAAAGACUAUUCUUGUAUUAUUUUUUUAUUAUUUGUAGGUUCUCCAAAUCAAACAGAUGACAUUUUUUUUGGUAUUUUUAUGAAGAGCUUAAGAUAAAUAAGGAUUAGUAAUAAAUAGUAUAUACGAAUUUCAUAGACAAAGUAUACAAAGUAUAGGUUUAAUACUAAAAUCUAAAUGAAGUGAUAUAUUUAUUUCUGUCGCUUAAUCUAUGCAUCUAUUUCCCUCAUUUAUUUUGUAUCAAAACCAGAUAGAUGAUCAGAAUUGCAAGAAAUAAAUAUUAACGUUAAAGGAAUCCCUUAUCCUUGUCAUAUGGCAAUAGGUUCUCAAAGUAAGCAACAGCGCCCCCUUGUGGGCGUUUGAGGCUUUAAGGGGGGAUAGUAGAUAACACAUUAGGGAAAGGAAUAUGCAGAUUAAAAUAAUAUACUCUGAAAUUUUGAUAUUAUACAUGAUGCUCGGGAGUAUUUUCCAUAACUUCAAGGUGUUGACAACUCCACUUGUAGAAAUCGAACUGCAUAACAAUUUUUUUUUAACUAAAAAAAAACUUUUUAUGUGUUAUAAAGUAAUUCAGAUAAUUCCGACUAUCCAUGUAACAUACGCCUUUAUCUAUCCUUGCAUUUUAAAAUACGUAAUCGUAGUGGUAAGACUGUCGAUAUCGACGAGAUAUUGCAACUGGCACUACGCACUUCACUAGUAAGCUACUUCAUGAUACUUAUCAAUGAAUAAGUUUGGCUAAUCAUAAUAUAAGGAUGCGAUAUAAGGGACACAAUUCAAGAUCGAUUUACAAAAGAAAUAUUCAUUUUAGAACACAUGUUAGACAUUUUUAAUUAAAGUUAUGGGAAAUACUCCCGAGCAUCCUGUAUAAUGCCAACUAACUUAUAAAUGUAUCAUAUAUGAAAAGCAGGAUUUUAAACAACAUUUAUUAUACUCAAAUUUUCAUUUAGAAAUAAGUAGAUUAUAUUUUUGUAUUUUUUAUAUACUGUCAUAGUACCUACUCUUGAAACAGCACAAUUUUAUGUAAUAUAAUGUUUACUCAAAAUUGUUUUAGAGCACGGUUUCAAUGGGUUAUCAGUUCGCAGAACCCUGUCUUUUCUGUUCAAGCCUUCAAAUCACCUGACCGGUUCAUUGACUAGACCAGAGAUUCCCAAACUUUUAAGAAAACUAAACUCCCACUAAGUACCAUUUACACCAUAUCAAAUAUGUAAUUACUAAUUACAAAUUAAAGAUACUGUAAUUUAAAUAAGUACAAAAAAAAAAUUGAGAAUAUUUAAAAAGGUGAAACACUUUCUUUGAACUGGUGACACAAUUUACCUAAUUCUUCACAUUUUUAAUUGUGUCACUAUUAAUUCAAAAACUGUUUCAUAAUUGGGAAUUAUUUGAACUACAAUAAUAUCUGGGAUAGCAACCAAUCUGAGUUAAUCUAAAUAAUUUCGCGGAUCACUGGUGAUUUGUCAACGUAACUCAUUUUAGGACCACAAUAGAAUACAACAAUAGCCUUAAUCUUGCCCAAAGAAACCACGCUCUUAAAACUUCUACUGCCAUAGCCUGAAUAAAAAAAAUAUUUUAAUAUGAUAGUCAUGUGAAUGUUCAAACAAUAAACUGUGACACAGUGGCUUGCACUUCAUAGGUGCAACAAUAAACUGCCUAUACCUUGAGAAUUUAGUAUGAACUGAUUCAUUUUGUAUGAUUAGUACCCCUACCCUAGUUAAAGACUCUGUGCUCGCCACUGACUAUGGUUGGCAGUGAAAUCUUACAGCAUGUGCAAACUCUUUAACUAACUUGUGCUGAGUCAUAGCGUCCAAAAACCAUUUGAAUGUAGCUCCUAGUGGAUUUUUUUAAUAAUCAAAAUCGAUUUUUACCUACUCCUAUCACUUUAUCAUAUUGAUAUAAAAGAUUAGCUAUAUAUGUAUAUGUAAAGGAUUUUUAUAAAGUAGCUAUAUAAUGUUAAUGUAAAUUUAUUAUUAUUAUUAUUAAUUUAAAAUUUUAAAAUAUAAGCGUAUUCUAAGCGGG